ACCAUGAACACCAACGUGUGCGUGGAGAGCGGCCCCAACCCCGAGGCCCCGGGGCUGCCCAAGGAUAACCACCUGCCCGAGGGGGCCCUGAACAGCCUUGUGGAUUACAACUCGGAGAUGGAGCGCUACCGCUCCUUCGCCACCUUCUACAAGACCAACGGGGGCGCCUUCCCCCAGGCGGCCAAGAUCGCUCGCAUCACCACCCCCAUCUUCCCCAGCGCCGCCGCCGCCGCCGCCGCCCGCAUCGGCAUGUCCCCCUGGAACUGCGAUACCGCCACGGCCGCCGCCGCCACCGCCAUGCUGUGGGGCAGCGGCGGCGGCGGCAGCAAUACGGUCCCAGGCGGCGCGGCUGGUGCAAGGAAAUCCUCCUCCGCCGCCGCCGCCUCCGCCUCGCUCCACGCCGGCAGGAGCAGCAUGCACCAUCGGAACGAGUCCCAGCGGCUGGGCAAGCCUGGCUGCGCGCCAGCCGAGCAGCCCGCGUUGCAAAUGGCAAAUAAUAAUUUCCUCUCCACCUUAUCCCCCGAACACUGCAGACCUUUGGCUGGGGAAUGCAUGAACAAGCUCAAAUGCGGCGCUGCUGAAGCAGAGAUAAUGAAUCUCCCCGAGCGCGUGGGGACUUUUUCCGCUAUCCCGGCUUUAGGGGGCAUCUCAUUACCUCCAGGGGUCAUCGUCAUGACAGCCCUUCACUCCCCCGCAGCAGCCUCAGCAGCCGUCACAGACAGUGCGUUUCAAAUUGCCAAUCUGGCAGACUGCCCGCAGAACCAUUCCUCCUCCUCCUCGUCCUCCUCCUCCCUGGGAGCCGCCGGAGGAGGGGGGGCGGGAGGAGGCGGGGGAGGAGGGGCAGGCAACCCUGCCAAGAAGAAGAGGAAAAGGUGUGGGGUCUGCGUGCCCUGCAAGAGGCUCAUCAACUGUGGCGUCUGCAGCAGUUGCAGGAACCGCAAAACGGGACACCAGAUCUGCAAAUUUAGGAAAUGUGAAGAGCUAAAGAAAAAACCUGGCACUUCACUAGAGAAACAGGGCAAGAUGCAUUUGUUUCUCUGUGUUUUCUUGUUUUCUGCUGCUUCUUCUUCAAUUGAGCAUGUAGCCAAAGAGCAUUCACCUGGAUAUUACAAUGAUGGGUAUGAUAGACAUGAAUUAAAUAAUUAG